AUUUAGCGGCGAAAACACGCAUAAAACAUUAUCUUCGGCAGAGUUGUUGCUUUCUAACGUCCCGGAGCAAGAGAGUAUCUAUCGGACCGACGACUUGCACGGGCGUUACUUUACUCUGGGUCUCUCGCUUAUCUUAUUGUGCGACGGUCGCUCGACGUGAGCGGUCGACGUCUGUUUAUAUUGAUGGAAGUUUAAAACGUUACCAGCCAGUGAUAAUUGUGUUUAAAAGUUCUCGGUGGAAAGUUUGCGUUACUGGCGGCGGCGCUGUUUUGAUGCGGACGUUUUGUUUGUCCUCACAAUUUACGAGUUUUGUUAGAGCAGAUCUGUAACCAUGAAGCGUGAGGCUGACGGUGACAUGGGCGCCCCACAGAAACGUUCGAGGCGCGGCGAUGAGGAAGUUCGCUUGCUUAUACCCAGUAAGGUUGCCGGUUCCAUAAUUGGUAAGGGAGGACAAAAUAUUACGAAGUUAAGAAGCCAGUACAAAGCCUCCAUUACUGUCCCCGAUUGCCCGGGCCCUGAACGAAUGCUGACGCUGUCGUCCGACCUCGAGAGCAUAUGCAGCAUCGUCAACGACGUCGUGCCCAAUCUCGAGGAGAACGGCGCAAAGGCUGGAAAUGGAAACGAUUUGGAUCUACGUAUGAUGAUACAUCAGAGUCAGGCUGGAUGCGUCAUAGGCAAAUCGGGCAACAAAAUCAAAGAGAUCAGAGAGAAAACAGGAGCUCGCAUCAAGAUAUUCUCCAACACCGCUCCCAGAAGUACUGACCGUGUAAUCCAGAUUAUUGGCCAGCCAGAUAAGUGCAUCGACACCAUCAAAGAGGUUCUGUUGUUAAUAAAAGCCAGUCCGAUUAAAGGUGUUGUGAACCCGUACGACCCUCACAACUAUGACGACUUUUACGCAGACAACUACGGGGGCUGGGGCAACGCGUCCGGCAACACGGGCCGAAGAAACGGGCCCGAAGGUGGACCCCGGAAUGGGGUCAGGGACGGGCCGCCCUCGAUGUCGGGACCUGGUCGAUUUAACAAUCGUGGUAACGCACCCCCUCCAAGAUCGCUGACUGGCGGAGGUUUCAACGACAGACAAGGAAGCUUACUCGGCGGCGGCGGAGGAAGGAACAACAAUUUUGGAGGAGGAGGUGGUAACAGGAUGAACGGCAACAGUUCAUACGACCGCAACAUUUGGAGCAAUCCCCCGACCAACGGAAGUUUCAAUCAACCCCCGCCUAGCAUGAUGAACCAGGGACCACCACCAUCUCUUAUCAACAAACCGGGACCAGGUGGCAAAAACACCACACAAGUGACAAUACCUAAAGACCUUGCUGGUGCUAUAAUAGGAAAAGGAGGCGGCAGGAUCAGAAAAAUUCGUCAAGAUUCCGGUGCUGGCAUCACAAUUGACGAACCACUUCCAGGGUCCAACGAUCGCAUAAUCACCAUCUCGGGACUGCCCAACCAAAUUCAAAUGGCCCAAUAUUUACUACAGCAAAGUGUUCACAACAACUCCGAACGUAGCAAUUAUUAGGAAGGAAACAUAUUCAUAAAAAUCUAUUUUUUAGGUUUUUUUUAAAGCGUUAAUAUUGUGUUUACAUGAAAUUUAUUAUGAAGUACAUUCCAUUAAUUUUGAUUUCUUGUUUAAUGGGCAUUAUAUUAUUGUUAAACAAUUUUUUUUAUCAGACGUCUCAUGAUAUAUCAUAUUAUCAUGUAAUUAAUAUUCUAUAUUAAAAAUAUAUCGUAUAUAUUCAUACAUUGAAUUUUGGCUCAUUCAGGAGAGGUGUUAUAUUUUUUAAAAAAUACUUCAACCCUUACAUACAUACAAAUCUGUGUAGCAGUUUUUAUUGUUAGAUGAAAAAUGUCGAAAAAAUAUCUUAUUUUUAUAUUUAUAUACCAUUUAAACGAACUGUUUAUCGUAAAUGAUAGCUAACUUGAUUGUAUAGUACUAACAAUAAAAUGCAUUUGCAUAUUUUUUAUAUCAGGGAACAAUCCAGUACAAAUUUAUAUCUUUGUUGUUCCAUGAUCAAAACUGCAAAUAUUUUACCAAAUAUUUUUAUAGGUUUAGUUUCCAAUAUGUAAGUGUUAUGUAUUCAUAUGUAAUAAUAUCAAUAAAGUAUUUCAGUAAA